GCACCAAAACACAGUUAGCCCUGUGUGCGUGAAACUGAGCUUCUCUACAUCGUUAAAUUGAGUAAUCCAUCAUAUAACUUAUUUUUGAGUUGAAAUGGGUGGUUACGGUGUGAUGGCAAACGAGGAGUCUCUUGAUUACUCCGUGCACGAAGCGUGGAACGAGGCAACCAAUGUUUACUUGCUAGUCAUCUUGGUCAGCUUUGCACUGCUCAUGUACGCUAGGAAAAACAAGAGGAAGAUCAUGCGCAUAUUUUCGUUGCCCCCGACUGUUGGGACUACUUCGGAGCCGAACUUCUAUGACAGUCUACAGAAAGUGCGACUACGUCAACAACUUGAAAUGUACUCUAUCGCAAGAAAAUAUGAGCAACAGCAUCAACAAACUCAGCCGGACAGUGUCCAGCUCUCAGUGGAAUGAAUGACAUGUGCAGGACACCGGGCAACGAUUCUACGUCAGCCCCGUUUGUUGCUCCAUCUCUGAAACCACGACAUAAAUAUGAGCAAAUUCUGUUUUAUUUAAGAAUAACUCUGCACACUUCACUCAGAGAUACGGCGAUACUACAUUGCACGAGCCCAGCACAAGGACUAAAUAUGAGCUACUUACCAGUAAUGAGAAACAAGGACAUUAUGGAAAAGCUCACUGUUUAAAUAAAAGAUGGCUCAGAAUGGGUGUGACUAUAAUAACGUGAAGGACACUUUUUAUAUUAACACGUUUACCCUAAAUUCCUCUGUACAGUCGACGUCAUAGGAAGCAAUGCUUUUCCCCGAACCUCUGUUUUUGACCGCUUACGAGAAUGUGUUUCCCUCUUGUGGUUGUGUAGAUGUACUGCUCCAAAAAUAACGAAUUGUUAGAACGGAUUGAUCGAGAAAUAAAUAUUUCACUGCAUUGA